UUAUUAGUUCAAAUUAUUAUCUGUUGGGAAUGACCCACUAUGUUUAUACAACCUGGUGAAAGAAAAUUAGACCACGGCAUAUCCAACGCCACUUCCCAUUCGGCCGGCAUAUGGAACACAUGAUACAAAACUAAGCAUUCAAGAACAAGCAACGAUGAGUAGCGUAGACUUUAGUGGACUCUAAUUUCGCUUUUUGUUAAACCCAUAAAAAAGCGGCAAUGUACAUCCCUAUGAAUCGACGACGAUUCCAUCAGAAACAAUGGCGACGAUAGCAGUUAUACUGUUUUUAUUACUCUCAAUUGAUCGGAAAACCCUCGCUGAUUCCAUUAAACAGCAGGAAGCGAUUGGUUAUGGGUACUCUCUCCGAUCUAUUGCCCUAGAUUCGUCGGGAAAAUCAUUGGUCGCUGAUCUUCAACUCAAUAAGAAAUCUUCGGUAUUUGGACCUGACAUUGAUGAGCUUCGCCUCUUCGCAAGCUUUGAAACAGCAGACUGUUUGAGAGUUCGAAUCACUGAUGCUAAGCACCAAAGAUGGGAAAUUCCAACCCACGUCCUUCCACGCCAACCACGAAAUUCCAAUUUCCCCUUAAAAUCCAACCAACAGAAUCCAUCAGAAGUCCUCCUCUCGGAUCCCACCUCCGACCUUAUCCUAACCCUCCACAACACCACCACCGGCACAAUGACCCAGUUCGGAUUCACAAUCACCCGUCGCUCCACCGAAGAUAUACUCUUCGACACCUCCGACACUGUUCUCAUCUUCAAAGAUCAAUACCUUGAAUUAACAUCUUCACUUCCUGCUAACCAAUCUUCCAUCUACGGCAUUGGAGGGCACACCAAACAUUCGUUCAAAUUAACGCACAAUCAAACCCUAACACUUUGGAAUGCCGAUAUUGGAAGUGCUAACCCUGAUGUCAAUCUAUAUGGAUCACAUCCAUAUUAUAUAGAUGUCAGAUCACCGGAUCUUAAUAGGUUCCAUCAGUGUCGAUGGGGUUACAAAGAUGUUGAUGAUCUUGAGAGUGUUGUUGAUGGAUAUGCAAAAGCCAAGAUCCCGCUAGAGGCAAUGUGGACAGAUAUAGACUAUAUGGAUGCUUAUAAAGAUUUCACGUUAGACCCUAUCAAUUUUCCUCUGGAUAAAAUGUCGGCAUUUGUUAAAACUCUUCACCAAAACGGUCAGAAAUACGUGCUCAUUUUAGAUCCAGGUAUCAGCGUGAACAUGAGUUAUGCAACUUACAUAAGAGGGCUGAAAGCCGAUAUCUACAUAAAACGUGACGGAAUCCCGUAUUCUGGAGAGGUUUGGCCUGGAAUUGUUAAUUUCCCGGAUUUUUUAAAUCCAAAAGGAAGAAUCUUUUGGGGCAACGAGAUCAAAAGAUUUUACAAUCUUCUUCCAUUCGAUGGAAUUUGGCUUGAUAUGAAUGAAGAGUCAAAUUUCAUUUCCUCCCCUCCAAUUCCAACUUCAAAACUCGAUAACCCUCCAUAUAAAAUUAACAACUCCGGAAUCCAAAUGCCAACUAAUAACAAAACCGUUCCUGCAAGUUCGUUGCAUUUUGGGAACAUCACUGCUUAUGAUGCUCAUAACUUGUAUGGAUUUAUGGAAGCCAGGUCAACAAAGGCAUCUUUGGUAAAAAUAACGGAAAAAAGGCCGUUUAUACUUUCGAGAUCAACGUUUGUGGGGUCCGGAAGAUAUACAGCACACUGGACUGGAGAUAAUGCUGCGACAUGGGAUGACUUGGCGUAUUCCAUUCCAAGUAUUUUGAAUUUCGGGUUGUUUGGGAUUCCAAUGGUGGGGGCCGAUAUUUGUGGUUUUUCUGGAAAUACUACUAAAGAACUUUGCCAACGAUGGAUUCAGUUAGGUGCUUUUUACCCAUUUGCAAGGGACCAUUCAGACAAACAAAGCACAAGACAAGAGCUUUACCUUUGGGAUUCAGUAGCAGCAACAUCUCGAAAAGUCCUCAGCCUUCGUUACCAAAUGCUCCCUUAUUUCUACACCUUAAUGUACGAAGCCCAUUUUAAUGGCACUCCCAUCGCCAGACCUCUCUUCUUCUCAUUCCCGGAAGACACCAACACUUACAACAUUAGCACACAGUUUCUCCUCGGAAAUGGUGUACUAAUCUCCCCGGUUUUGACCCCAAACACAGUUUCCAUCGACGCAUACUUCCCAUCAGGAAACUGGUUCAAUCUAUUCGACUAUACAGAUACAGUGAUUGCGGAAUCGGGGGGAUACGUUAAGCUUGACGCACCAUCGGACAGUAUAAAUGUUCAUGUCCGCGAAGGGAACAUAUUGUUCUUCCAGAGAGAAGGUUUGACGACGGAUUCAGUCCGAGAGUCGCCGUUUCACGUACUGGUGGUGCUUAGCCAGACUGGGAAUACCACCGGCGAGGUGUUUUUGGACGAUGGGGAGGAUUUAGGGUUUGGCAGAGACGAUGGUAACUGGACUUUGGUGAGAUUCUCCGCCCACUUUGAGUAUAGAAAUGUGAUUAUGACAUCGGAAGUCGUUAAUGGAGGGUUUGCGUUGAGUCGAAAGUUGAAGAUCGAGAAGAUAACGUUUUUAGGGUUCGAAAAUAAGUUUGAGAAUACGGGUUGUGAUAGUUUUGGACUAGGCGAAAGAGCGACGUCUUGUGGUGCAGGGAAUUUCAGUUCGAUGGAGCUUACGGGUAUGGAUGUGUUGAUUGGUGAAGGGUUUGUGUUCACGAUGGAUCGCGGCGGGAGCCCCGGUCCAGAAUUCAAUAUAAAGAAAAUUUAGAAAAUGAUAAUCGUAUAGUUUCGCCUUUGUGAAGAAGGGGGUACGAAAUAACAUGUAUUUUGAUGGAUACGUGAUGAUACUGUAAGAGCCUAUUUGAUGUAAGUUUGUUUUUCGGAACCAGCCAAUAAAUAUAUAUAAAAUAAAAUAAGGGC